UGGAAGAAACUUUUAACUUCACUCUCCUCGCAUCUCUUUCUCCUUUUUUUGAUUUUUUUUUAAAAGCAAUUUCCAACCAAAGUUCUCGGACUCGUUUCCCUUGCUGUAGCCGGGGUACACGAUGGCCAGCUCGGGCAUCCAGCUCCUGGGGUUCCUCCUCUCUCUGGUCGGCGUCGCUACCACCGUGGCCGCCACCCUGAUGGUGCAGUGGAAGAAGCAGGCGCAGGGGAAGGCGCACAGGGUGUACGAGGGUUUGUGGAUGAGCUGCAGCGGCAACGAGAGAACGACCUGUGAAUCCCACGAGUCGCUCCUGAAGCUUCCCACCGAGGUGCAGGCGACCAGGGCCGUGAUGCUGCUCAGCAUCUUCCUCUCUGCUGUGGCCCUGCUGGUCUCCACCGUGGGGAUGAAGUGCACACGAUUCAUGAACGGAAAGAACGAGAGCAAAUCCACUACAGCCAUGAUCGGAGGAAUCAUGCUCAUGAUCUCAGGUUUAUUGACUCUGAUCAUCACUUCCUGGUACGUUAAAAUGAUCGUCCAGAAGUUCCAUUCAUCCAAUCACCUGCAAAGCUUUGAGUUUGGUAAGGCGGUGUUUGUCAGCUGGGUCGGGGGCCUCCUCACUAUGGCCGGUGGCACCUUCCUGAGCUGUCGUCGAUGCUCACGGUCUGAAUCACCUGAGUCCGGAAACUCCAUCCUCCACCUGCCCACCACUAACUCCAAGUCCAACUACGUGUAGUCGCGGGGGAGCCGGGAGGCGACACAGUCCAUCCAGGGGACAACUUGAUUGUUGUAAAUAUACACGUUCAUCCAGCCAGUCAUUUCCUUGUUUGUUUUUUUUAGUCGUGUCCAUUUUAAACACGUUGAACUCCGUCGGCUUGUUUGAAUUCAUAUGAAAUCAUGAUGUUUCUCUUCACAGGGAAGAACACUUGUUUGAAUAGUUUUGCAGUGGAGCUGUCAAGUUUUUCACUGUGUAGCAGGACUUCUGUACUUUUUUUACAGUGUACUUUUCUAAACAGGUCAUUUCCUCUUACCUCUUCAGUUUUACACAGAUUGAAUGUUUGUUUAUGUUGUUCGUUUCAUGGUUUCACAUCUUUAGUCCCGUAACUCAUCAAGUUG